AGAAACAUAAACACUGUGGAGACGAAUUUAAGAAAGUGGUGGCAUAUAUUAGGAGACUGAGUGGAUGCAACGCUUUGGGUCAAAGUUUAUUGCAAAUGAUCUGCAGGAACUUGCAUUUAACUAGAAACCAAAAGAUUGCUGUUGUUGAGGGUCUUUACUUUCUUUUCCGAGAGUUGUUACCAGGUCGUAAUGAAACAUCAGGCCCAAAGGUCAUUGAAGAUGGUGAUGUUUUUGAAUAUGCAAAUAUUUGCUGGGCUUACUUGAUUGCUCAAGGAGAGAAUGAAAGUCCUGAUCUGGAGACCUAUGCUACAAUUUCUUUGAAAGCUUAUCCUACUGGCCAGCGGCUGUGUGAGCCAGUGAGAGUACCAGGGACACCAGAAGUAUUUGACAGGUCGUACAUACUGGAAAAAAUCACAGAUGGUGUAAAAAUUCCAAACUGUGAUGAGGUGAAUCUACUGGCGUCAUCGAUUAAAAGAGCUACAGAUAUCGAGAGAAUUUCGCUUAGUCUUCCGCCAUCAUUUGAUAGGUUUCCAUUUUGGAUCUUUUAUAACAGCACCCCACAAGGCUGCAAGUAUGUCAUGUUUACGAGUCUUAAAACUAUAUUUGAUAAAUAUAAUGUAUAUUUAAAACAAUAUUACAUUUUUAUACAAAAUGCCUUGUUAAAGCUUUCAGAUUGAACGGAAGAAAACCUUUUCAGACAUGUUUGAGGAUGUCAAACGGUACAGUCACCUGAUUGUCACACCACCACUGCAACUGGCAAAUAUGGGAAAUGAGGGUCCUCUGCUGGUGUAUCUCAGUGAAGAUAAUCUAGGUGUUUACGUGAACAAAGUCAAGGGAGAUCAUUUUAUGAUUUGGGUUUACGACUGUCUGUCUGGAAAAGAGACCACAAAAAAUGUGAAAGAUCUGGCUAAAAUACUCAGUGAUACCAGAACUGACAACACUGUUGAAGUCAGUAAAACCCCCAAAGAGGCAAUUGUGGUGCUCUUCGAUUCAAGUUCUUCAAUGAUUGAAGAAUGUUAUGACACUGACAGUCAGAUGAUGCGAAUUGAUGCCGUCAAGCAAAUCUUUGACAGCUUUUCAAACCGAAGCAUGUCAUAUGAUUUUCAGCAUGUCAUCUGCCUUGUGAUGUUUAACGACAAAGUUAAAACCCUUCUAAAAUUCACUGAAAAUUUGGAAGCCUUCAAGGAGCAAGUGCAUGGUAUUGAAGCAUCUGGGUACACAAGGUUAUAUGAUGCACUUGUUCGUGGUAUCUCAGAGCUUGACAAUAUCAAGAAAAGUUUUCCAGCUUGCAGAUGUCGCAUCUUGUGUUUGACAGAUGGAAACGAUAUCAGUUCCAUGAGUAAUCCAGUCACCAUUGCCAGAAAAUUGAUGGCCAGCAAUAUUGUGGUCGAUGCAGUUAUUGUUGGCAUGGCAGAUAACACCGUUUUACAUGGAAUCAGCUAUGUAACAGGUGGAUAUUGCUUUAAGCCUGAGAAUGCAAAAGCUGCCCUAAGGCUUUUUGAGAUGGAAACUGUCUUGUCCAUGGAGCUGAGGGCAGAGAGACGAAGGGUACCAGUCUCUUCCAUAAAAACAGAGGAAGACUUGACCAAAAUUUUUGCCUCCCAUGGCUACGAUGAAAGACCAGAAAUGAAGAUUCCUGCUCAAAUCACUAAGAAAGCGGCCAGGACAGAGAAUGUACUUAAAAAGAAGAUCCAAGAAUGCAAGACAGGCCGCUUCAUGGAGAAAGAUAAACGGAUCAUAGAAGAACUGAAGAGUCUUCACUGUGAUCCCCAUCCAUUUUGUUCUGUGUAUCCCUCAGAAACAGACUUCACAUUUUGGAGGAUUGUCAUGAAAGGACCGGCUGAAACUCCCUAUGAGAAUGGAACCUUUGAGCUGUAUUGUCAGUUUGGUCGUGAUUAUCCAGUGAAACCACCUGUUGUUCGGUUCUAUACUCCUAUCUACCAUUGCAACAUCAACAGUGUGGGAAGGAUUUGCCACAACAUAUUUGAUCGAAACUACUCUGCUGAUGUCACUAUGAGAGAGAUCUUGGAUGCUGUACAUGGACUUCUGAUACUCCCAGAGGCAGAAGAUCCACUGGACAGCAUAUUAGCAGAGGAAUUCCUGACUAGCAAAGAAGUCUACGAGCAAGCGGCUAAAGAUAACACUGCAAUAAACGCAUGUCAGUCCAUGGAAUCCAUUGAAAAGCAAUACAUAGGUGAGAGCAAUGUUCAAGUGCCUCCUCAUCUGGUAUGCCCCUUGUCAGGGAAGAUAUUCGUUGAUCCCGUCAAGGCCAAAGGUGGAUGUGUGUACGAGCGAAGAGCCAUUGAGGAAUAUCUUAAGACGAACAAUAAGGAUCCAGUUACAGGGAAGCCACUUAGCUGCACAGAUCUUACUCCAGAUAAGAACAUGAAAAAGUCUGUUGUGGAGUAUCGUACAUCCCAGAUUGAGGAAACUGAUCCCUAAAUAAAGUAGAUAUUGCUUUGGCAGUGAUUCAGCUGCACUAUAAUAAAUCACACAAUACUCGUAUCUAUAAUAUUCAUUCUCUUUCGAUUGUGGAACCCAACUUUUUACAUUUUCACAUGUUUGUAAGAAACGCUGAGAAAACAAGUGUGUAUGAGGGAUAGAGUUGCUGUUUUAUUUCACCAAUGUUAUUUAGGUUUAAAGUGU